AUGUACGCAAUUAAUAAUAAUAAUAUUUACUUGUUCUUGUUCUUGACAUUAUUUACAACAAUAAUCAAUUCAUUUUCCUAUAGUGAUUUUAGAAAAAGAGCACCCGAAGUUGGUAUGUUUACUCAGUGUGAUGGUGAUUUUCCCAUCACUAUUAUUGAGGAUACAUACACUCCGUCAAUAUUCGUACCUGGUGAAAAGACCACCGAACACUUUGUAUGGGAUAGCACUGUCGAAAUUGAACCAACAACCACUUUUGUCCUGAGUGUUUCCUUGCUUGAUGGCACAGCAAUAUUAACACACGAGGAGGAUUAUUGUGAAAGCAACUCGAAACCUCCUGAUAUAGAUUGUCCAAUUCCGGCAGGACAUCUCGAUUUUACACUCGAAUAUGUGUUCCCUAUUAGUCCUACCCAACCUGUUAAUGUAACUGAGCAAUAUCUCAUAAAAUCGACUCUUAUCGGUUCGGAUGGUACAACUUUACUGUGUGAAUCAGGUAUAGCCACUGUAGCAUACCCUUAA